CAGCUUGCUUGACGUGAAAUUCAGCAAUAAUUUGGCAUGCGCAUGAAAGAGAGACUGAGAAUAACCUCAAAAUCGAAAAGUGCAAACAUUUCCAGUUAUUUAAUAUACCAGUGACUACCAGCUGGAAUAAGAGCAGCUAAUUUGUAUAUUUACCGUUUUGUCUUGUUACAACUAUUUUUUAAGUUUAGGAUCACGAACUGACGAUCGUUUCACCUUAACUAACCUCAACAACCAUGGGAAGCUCAGACAUACAAAUAGUAACUAAUGUGGACUACAGUAAUUUAGAAUCCAUAAGCAAAAACAUCAAGUUGCUUCCUGGCAACGACCAGAUCAAAGAGCUGCAGACGAUAUUGCGUGACAAGAACACAACCCGUAAUGACUUCAAAUUCUAUGCAGAUCGAUUAAUCAGAUUGGUGAUUGAGGAGAGUCUAAAUCAGCUGCCGUUCACAGAUUGCAAAGUGGUCACACCCACAGGAGCUACAUAUCAUGGACUGAAAUAUCGGUCUGGGAAUUGUGGGGUUUCUAUAGUUAGAUCUGGGGAGGCUAUGGAGCAAGGCUUGAGGGAUUGUUGUAGAAGUAUUAGGAUUGGUAAAAUUUUAGUUGAAUCCGAUGUGGACACACAUGAAGCGAGAGUGGUUUAUGCUAGAUUCCCAGAGGAUAUUGCAAAAAGACAAGUAUUAUUGAUGUAUCCGAUUAUGUCAACUGGUAACACAGUUACACAAGCUGUCAAAGUGCUCAAAGAGCAUGGGGUUAAGGAAGAUUGUAUUAUUUUAAGCAAUUUAUUCUGUACCCCAGCCGCCGUCCAAAUAGUCACCGACUCAUUUCCAAAAAUGAAAAUAUUAACGUCCGAAGUGCAUCCUGUAGCUCCGAAUCAUUUUGGUCAAAAGUACUUUGGAACUGAUUAAUUAUGUGCCAACGUUUACAUCGAUUAUGCACGAUGUUGUUUUUUAAUGUUUCUUUAUUUAUCAAUUUUUACAAUUUGCAAACGUAAUUUAUUGUAUUUAUCUAAAAUUGUGACUUUGAAAUAAUCCUUAUUUUUUUUUCUUUUAGCAACAUUAUGCGAUAUAUUUUUUAGUUU